AUGGACGACUCUCGUUGCUCUCUUCCUUCCAUCUCCAACUUGCUGGGUCUCGCGGACGCUGGCUCGCCCACGACAGACCCAUCACCGACAUCAUAUCGAGGAUCUCCUCAGUCAGAAGCCCUUCCAUUCUCACAUGGGCGAAGCAGACGAGAAUCUGGCAGUCUUGGGAGCCGUCCGAGCUCCAGACACUCGGGAGCGUUCCAGCAUCGCCGCGGCCUUCCGCCUACGCCGCCUCUCAGCACAGAUCACACAUAUGACAACUACAACUCACCAUCGAGCCAAAAAAGAGGCCACUUCCCCUUUGAUUCGAGCUCGUGUCACCGCGUCCAUGAGACGACACCUCCGCUUGAGCCGGAAACCCGACAGCAACUACAAGGCCCAUCGCGGGCACCACGUCUGUCGAUUCCCGUGCCGCCGCAGCGCUUUGCUCACCCACAAUCAAUACAGCAGCAAGCAGUGCCCAACUACUACAACGGGCCUGUUCAGCAUUCCAUGGUGCUCGCCCCGGGACAGGCUGUUCCUCACUACGGACAGCAGCAGCAGCAGCAGCCACUGCCGCACGCUUUCCCUCCUCAGUCGGCGCCCGAGAGCCAACAAUUGUGGCAGCACCAUCAUUACCUGCACCCUUCCCAGAACAGCGUCUACCCACAAAGUCAGGACAAGUACCUUUGCCCGACUUGCAACAAGGCCUUUAGCCGGCCGAGCAGUCUGCGGAUCCACAGCCACUCGCACACGGGCGAGAAGCCCUACAAGUGCGCGCAUCCGGGAUGCGGGAAAGCAUUCAGCGUGCGCAGCAACAUGAAGCGUCACGAACGAGGCUGCCACUCUGCCAGCGUCAUGGGAGGUCGACCGAUGGUCUAG